GGAGCUCCUCGGCGUCGGCUUCCGGCCGCCGGCAUCCGGCCCUCGCUCGCAGCCUUUGCUCCGCCGUCACCGCUGGCGCUGUCGCCGCUGCUGUCCCCGCCGCCGCCGUCAUGGGUAUCCUGGAGAAGAUCUCGGAGAUCGAGAAGGAGAUCGCCCGAACCCAGAAGAACAAGGCUACCGAGUACCAUCUUGGUUUGCUGAAAGCAAAACUUGCCAAGUACAGAGCACAGCUCUUGGAACCCUCCAAAUCUGCCACCAGCAAAGGAGAAGGCUUCGAUGUGAUGAAAUCUGGAGAUGCCCGAGUGGCACUGAUUGGCUUUCCUUCUGUGGGUAAGUCUACCUUCCUGAGCUUAAUGACAUCCACAGCCAGUGAAGCUGCAUCCUAUGAAUUCACCACUCUGACGUGUAUCCCAGGUGUCAUUGAAUACAAAGGAGCCAAUAUUCAACUCUUAGAUCUUCCUGGAAUCAUUGAAGGUGCUGCCCAAGGGAAAGGCAGAGGCCGACAGGUGAUUGCUGUGGCUAGGACAGCUGAUGUUGUCAUCAUGAUGCUGGAUGCCACCAAGGGAGAAGUCCAGAGGUCCCUAUUGGAAAAGGAAUUGGAAUCUGUGGGGAUCCGGCUCAACAAGCACAGACCCAAUAUCUACUUCAAGCCAAAGAAAGGUGGUGGGAUCUCCUUCAAUUCAACGGUCACACUGAGCCAGUGCUCUGAAAAGCUGGUGCAGCUCAUCCUACAUGAGUACAAAAUCUUCAAUGCGGAAGUUCUCUUCCGAGAAGACUGUUCGCCAGAUGAGUUUAUUGAUGUGAUUGUUGGCAACCGCGUGUACAUGCCCUGCUUGUAUGUUUAUAACAAAAUUGAUCAGAUCUCAAUGGAGGAAGUUGAUCGCCUGGCACGAAAGCCCAACAGCGUUGUCAUUAGCUGUGGAAUGAAGCUCAACCUGGACUUCUUGCUGGAGAUGCUUUGGGAAUACUUGGCCCUGACGUGUAUUUACACCAAAAAAAGAGGACAAAGACCAGAUUUUACAGAGGCCAUUAUUCUCCGGAAAGGAGCUUCUGUAGAGCACGUGUGCCACCGGAUUCACCGAACGCUCGCCAGCCAGUUUAAAUAUGCUUUAGUGUGGGGAACCAGCACAAAAUACAGUCCUCAGAGAGUGGGAUUGACACAUACGAUGGAGCAUGAGGAUGUCAUCCAGAUAGUCAAGAAGUAAUGGUUCCUGCUGCUGAUCAUCAGUGCCUGACCCCACCCUAAUCCCUAGAGUGGCAUCUGGUUGACUGUUAUCAUCUACAAGCCAAAAAAGGAGGGGGGAAAAGGGGGGGUGGGUGGGGAGGGGGGAGAGUAUGCCCAAGAAGGAAAACCUAGAAGAACCCCAGAGUCACAUACGUAUGCUUCCAUGAAGCUUGUUCAAUACUCAUAGGAUGAGAAAAGACUGACAAGGAGCCUGUGUGGGCCUGAGGGAUUUGCACAUUAUGGGCAUCUUGCUCACAUGGGGGUGGUGGUACUAAACUAGGGGAUCUGGAGCCUGUAACCGGAAAUCAGAACUGACCCUCCUUCCUCCCCCUCCCCCCUCUGCUUAGGCCCCCACAGGCUGUUGACCAUCCUGCUAAAGUGGGCUUGUCACCUGGCCAGCAACUUGCUUAGGCCACUGGCUACAUGUGUACAAGCAGCUUUCUCUUGGCGGGGAGGAGGGGUGCUAAGAAUUGUGUUGGAAUCUGUGUCCUUGCCAUUAGGGCCUCAGUGCAUCUCUCUUUCAUGGAUGGACUGGUAGGAGAAUGGUUAGGAGAGUCUUAGUGUGAUGUACUGAGGCUUUUCCCCUCCUGCCAUCCCUGCAGUGGGAUUACUUGUCUCUUAGGAGACAUGACUCCCAGCUCUUUAUGUUAUACUACUUCUGCCCUGUGAACCCUUCCCUCUCCUUUCUGAGCCCCCUCCUACUGCAUCAGGCAUCCUGAAAGACCCCCAGCCCGCCCUGUGACUGGAGGGGUGAAGAGCAGAAAUCACACCUCACCAAUGACAAAUAAACAAAUAAAGACUCUCCCUCUAUUUCCCUUUUUAGGUCUGUUGGAAA